AUGAAGCAGAUUUUGGUUUUAGCAGUCUUGGUGUGUGGUGCAUGUGCGAUUUCCGUACAUGAAGCCAAGAAAUUUCAUAACAGCGGAACAUAUGGAGGAACUGUGACGUACAAAGACAAUGGGGAUGGCACGAUCACUCUGACUUCCAACGGUCUCCCCGAUCACCCCUUUGAGAGAGUGAACCCGAAUCACCCAGAGACCCGUAGUGACGUGUACACCCUCCCUAAAAACCCUACAUUUGCCAAAAGCGUAGGAUGUCUGGCAAUGGGACCGAUUGGAAUGACGAUUACAGGCUCCAUGAUAUACGACCCUCUGGACGCUGACGGAGAAAAUGCCGUGGAGGGAUCUGGAAGGGAACGAUUUGACCACUACGGAGGUCACACAGACAAUCACGGGAUCUACCACUACCACAAGAUUCCAGGGAGCUGGAUGUACACUGGAGAGGCUGACGAACUCCUUGGAGUCGCUUUUGAUGGAUUCCCAAUCUACGGACCGAAGGCAUCCGAUCUCGGACGUGACGUCACAAAUAAAGAUCUUGAUAAAUGUCACGGACGAAUGGUGAAUGGGAAAUACAGAUACCAUGUCAACACCGAGUUCCCUUACUAUCUAGGUUGUUACAAAGGGAACCCAACACAUGCCAACCACGUUCGUACUCAACAUGGUAUCUGUACGAACACUUCCUCUCUUCCCGAAUACGGAUACGUAUGCGCAUGUCCGAGAGGCCAACACCCUCCCCCUCAAGGACACGGAACAGGAGUGUCCGGAAACCACCAUCACCACCUUGGAGGACUUUUUGGUAGAUAG